UCUGUCUCUCUCUCUCUCUCACUCUUCUGGUUUUCUACAUAUCUGCAACUGUGCUUUUAGUGACCAUGGAUAAUCAAAAUCAGGUCUUCAGUGGAUUUAGUAGAUACCCAUUAGAGCUUCUUCAGCACCUGAAGAAAUCAAAAGCUUCUCAUUGUCGGAUUUCUAGUAAAAAGAAGGAGAAAUGGAAGAGUCAGUCAUCCUGCAAAGACCCACUUCAGCAUUUUGGGUUCCCGAACAAGUUUUUCCUCUGUACGCGCUUGUUCUUGCUUCUUCAACUACUCGUAUUAACCUUCCAAUCUGUCUCUAGCCAAGGGUGGGAUGGGGUCGUUGUUACUCAGGCAGACUACCAAGCUCUGCAAGCCUUCAAACACGAUUUAAUCGAUCCUAAACGGGUCUUGCGGAGCUGGAAUGACAGUGGCUAUGGAGCUUGUUCAGGAGGGUGGGUAGGGAUCAAGUGCGUUAAAGGGCAGGUUAUACUGAUCCAGCUCCCUUGGAAGGGAUUGAGUGGCCGAAUCUCUGAGACGAUAGGCCAACUCCCAGCACUUCGAAAGCUUAGUCUCCACGACAAUGACAUUGGGGGUAUGAUUCCUUAUUCUCUAGGUUUCCUUCCUGAUCUCAGAGGAGUUACUCUAUUCAACAAUAGACUUUCAGGUUCAAUCCCUGCUUCACUUGGUUCCUGUCCUUUGCUUCAGACUCUUGAUGUUAGUAACAAUUCACUAACUGGAACAAUCCCUGCUAGUCUCGCCAACUCUACCAAGCUUUACAGACUCAACCUCAGCUUCAACUCUCUGACAGGUUCGAUCCCAGCUGCAAUCACCAGCUCCCCUUCUCUGACCUUCCUAGCUCUCCAAUACAAUAAUCUCUCUGGUUCUAUUCCUGAUAAUUGGGGAGGAACCAAAGAGAACACAUUUUAUCAGCUUCAGUCCUUAACCCUCGAUCAUAACUCUUUCUCUGGAAGCAUUCCUAUUUCAUUGAGCAAGAUGAGUAGGUUAGAAGAGAUUUCUCUGAGUCAUAACCAGAUAAAUGGAACCAUACCCAAUGAAAUAGGGAAGCUUUCAAGACUUCAAACACUAGAUUUGUCUGACAAUGCCAUUCAUGGAAACUUUCCUGCUAGUCUCUACAACCUCUCCUCCCUUGUUCAAUUGAAUCUUCAGGGCAACCGACUCGACAAUCAAAUCCCAGAAGACGUGAACAGACUACAGAAUCUAUCCAUUCUCAACCUGAGUAGAAACCAGUUCAACGGCCACAUACCAGAGACUAUUGGAAACAUCUCCAACCUCACCCAACUAGAUUUAUCCCAAAAUAGACUCACAGGAGGAAUUCCAGCUUCUCUUGCCAAUCUGAUCAAUCUAAAUUCUUUCAAUGUCUCCCACAACAACCUCUCUGGUCCUGUUCCCUUUCUCCUAUCCGAAAAAUUCAACUCAACCUCUUUUGUUGGGAACCUUCAACUUUGUGGAUACAGUGCUUCGACACCUUGUCCUUCUUCUGCUCCUCCACCACCAUCACCAUCACCGAAGAUUUCCAAGCCCCACCAUCGCAAACUGAAUACAAAAGACAUAAUUCUCAUAGCCGCUGGAGCUCUCCUGGCGGUUUUGCUUUUAUUGUGUUGUAUCUUGUUGUGCUGUUUAAUCCGGAAAAGGGCUGCUUCCAAAGCAACAAAUGGACAGACGGGUGGAACAGCUCCGGCGGCAGCAGCGAGAGGCGAGAAGGGUGGACCUGCUAUGGGAACCGAAGUUGAAGCAGGGGGUGAGGCAGGAGGGAAGUUAGUCCACUUCGAUGGGCCAUUAGUGUUCACAGCAGAUGAUCUUUUGUGUGCAACAGCUGAGAUAAUGGGGAAGAGUACUUAUGGGACUGCGUACAAGGCAACAUUAGAGGAUGGGAAACAAGUUGCAGUGAAGAGAUUGAGGGAGAAGAUCGCCAAGAGUCAAAGGGAAUUUGAAGUGGAAGUGAAUGCAUUGGGGAAGAUUCGACACCCAAAUCUCUUAGCCCUCAGGGCCUACUAUUUAGGACCCAAAGGAGAAAAGCUUCUUGUGUUUGAUUUUAUGCCUAAAGGGAGUCUUGCAUCUUUCCUCCAUGCUCGCGGACCCGACACACCGAUCGAUUGGCCAACAAGGAUGAACAUAGCCAUGGGUACAACAAGAGGCUUGUGCUACCUUCACACCAAUGAGAACAUGGUGCACGGGAACCUGACCUCAGGAAAUAUCCUGCUGGAUGAGAACACCAAUGCCAACAUUGCAGACUAUGGCCUCUCUAGGCUCAUGACCACUGCUGCAAAUUCCAAUGUGAUUGCCACUGCUGGGGCGCUAGGGUAUCGAGCACCAGAGCUCUCAAAGCUCAAGAAGGCCAAUACAAAGACAGAUGUGUAUAGCCUUGGGGUGAUCAUAUUAGAGCUUCUUACAGGGAAAUCUCCAGGUCAGGCAAUGAAUGGUGUUGAUUUACCCCAGUGGGUAGCAUCUAUUGUUAAGGAAGAGUGGACUAAUGAGGUGUUUGAUCUGGAGCUGAUGAGAGACGCCUCAACUACGGGUGAUGAGUUGCUUAACACCUUGAAAUUGGCUCUGCAUUGUGUUGAUCCUUCACCAGCUGCAAGGCCGGAAGUCCAACAAGUGCUCCAGCAAUUGGAAGAGAUAAAACCAGAAAUAGCUGCCAGUGCUGCAAGCUCUGGAGAUGAUGGUGCUGGAGUGCCAUCAACAAGUGAAUAACUUUAAUUUAGAACUUGUUUCGCAUUAAGAUAGCAGAACUAGGAAGAAUGAGAGUAGGAAUAAUUAGUUCAUGAUUCUUUUAUUCUUGAAUUUUGGAUCCAUAUGGGCCUUCUUGUGUCUGUAAAUAUGUUUCUUCCACUUUGUCUUGUGAUUUGGUAGUAUAUUUUUCCCUUCU